AUGCUAUUCAGAUCCCUUGCACGUGUCAACUGUCAUGCCCUCGUUCCAAAGCAUAACGUGAGGUUUGCCUCAAACUUGUUCAACGAUCAGACGCCGGCUCCUCCUAAGUUGCCUAAGGAGCAGCAAGAGGAGUUUGAGAAGCUCCAGAAGAUGGCAAACUCUCAGGCAGCCAUCGACGAGUACAACAGACAGAUUGAGGAAACCGGAGCAGCGUCGAGUGACUUUGCCUCUCUGGAAGGCCAAACCGACGUGGGCUUGCAAACACAAUACUUCAAGACGAUACCCGAGUUUGAGGGAGAAGUGAACCCUGAAACAGGGGAGAUUGGCGGCCCCAAACAGGAUCCUUUGAGACACAACGACUGGUCGUUUAAUGGGCGUGUCACUGAUUUUUAG